UUUUGUUGUGAGUGUCUGGGUCGCUGCAACUCUGAUUUUUUAUUAAAAAACAAGUUAAUUGGGUUAUGUUUAUCAAAUUUCGAUUAUUAGGUAGAGUGUUGCUUCAUAUUGAUAAUUUUUGCUUCACAGAGAAGAAUCUGAUACUGUUUUCGAUUCGAGAUUCCAAAGAUUUUAAUCUUUUUACUACUCUUGUGUAAUAAGACACCAUUUGAAAAAAAAAAACAAACACGUUUGAUAAGAAUGACCUCUAAAUUGAUAUUGUUUUUUUGGUGUCUAUUUAUCGCGACAAAUUUCAUAGCAAAAUUCUUCAGUCAACCGAAGUCGCUAAACAUGCUUAGGAAAUAUCUUCUUUUUUCUUCCAUUGUGGUUGCUCUUCAAUCAACUGGGGCCAAAUUGUCAGACCCUAUCGAUUUCCUACCACCUGUCGAUCUUCCUAUUGACGAAGAAUCAGCUCGUCUUCGUCGGGGUGCAAAUUCUUCAACAGAUGUCAUCUGGAAAACGCGACUGACAAACCUGGCCCGCAUGAUCCAAUCCGAGACUCAGUACAGCUACAAUAUGUCACUUAUAGGCUGGCAGGACGUCUACGACUCUUCGGGAAAACUGACAGGCGUCAACUCCAUAGAGUUAGCGUUUCCUCCACUAACCCAAGACGCGUACGAACUCACCUACUUGGACAGAGCCUACGAAGAAGAUUUCCACAAAAGAAAGCUUCAACACACGUUUUUCAAAAAUUUUGACUACGAGCAACCAAAGCGUGACGGGUUUUUGCUGGAUGUUUUACUCGAAGCGCAAGACCAGUACCAAAAUAGUCCAAUACUUUUCUACUGGACUCCAAUCUGGGUUUAUUUCAGGCUUGACCGGGGUUUGACUACGUUCAACCUAACACAAACCGCACCCAGAGAAGAAGUGGACAAAUUCGUUGAGCUAGCGCGCAGAAAGAGUGACUCGUUUUUGAUCAAACCUGUAGUUCUGGUGUACGACGAAGAUGGAAAUUUACAAGGGGACGAAGUGGAGCAAGACCUAUCCAUUUUUGGUACUGUUCUAGAGUCGUGGCAAGCGUCAGACGAAAUUCUUCUCGAGUCGCCGAAAAUCAUGGCCCAGAUUUUCUUGACUUCGACCAAAGAAGACAUUCCGGAGGAGUUAGCGUGGAGGUUUAACCAAGAGUUUCCUGAGUACGACUGGAGGGUUGGGGUUAACGUUAAGAACUUUUAUCUUGACGUGGACGUGUGGGUCAAGUUAUGUUCAGACAAUUACGACUUCUAUGACUGGAUACAUGAUAUAUAUUUCGUCUAUGGUGUCAAAAUCUAGAUGAACAAUAAAGAGAUUCAUUCUUUA